AUGGGAAGCAAGUCUGAAGAUCACAACAAGAAAGAAACCGUUAACAAACAGGAAGUGGAAUCUUUGACGAACAUGUUGUUCUUGCGGAAAAAUACAGAAAAACUUUCACCGUAUGAGAAGAUGAAUAGGAAGGGUCCAAAGAAGGUUAACAAUUUCUGUGAAGCGCACUUGGUAGGUACGGUGAGUGAAGGGCCACCUUCAGCUACAGUAUGUUGGAGGAUCAUGGGAAUGCGUAUGAGGCGUUCGGAAGGCGCAAGCACAGACUACGACGUCCACCGCAUGCCCUCAGACCGUGAAGUCGGAGGCUCUACUAUUAGCGAGAGGAUUCCCAUGGAGAGACGGGAAGGGAUUCUUCGUUUGUGUCGCUACGAUUCAGAAAGUGGUGCUAUGGUGUUCAAACACGAAUUGCUACUUUUAAAGAUGCUCGCAAAAACGUACACUACUCGAAGCCAUCGAGCACACUUUCCUUGGAUACUUGGUCAAGGAUCUUUAGCAGAACUGCGAUAUUUAAACGUCCUUGAAACUAGUACCAAGCAGCGUGACAUUGUCGAAACGCCCAAGAUUCCUCGUCUCUAUUUUAUUACUGAAUCACUGGAGCCUUCCGUCGAAACAAUUCUUAAAUCAAACAAAACCCCUUUCCUUCCCGUAUAUACAUCUGUUUACAUAAUUAUUGGAUGUAUUAAGGCGUUACGACUUCUGCACAUGCAGGGAUUUGCUCAUCGAAAUGUACAACCGGCGUAUUUCUCACUUCGACUCCCAUGUGGAGGACUACUAAGCAGGAAGGAAAGCGAAAUUGCGGAUCUCGUAGCUAUUACGGAAUUAUCGUCAUGCAAGAAAUAUCGAGUUAAUUUGACGAGAGGGCGCAACUGUCCGAGCUACGUUGGAAACUGGAAAUACGGAAGCACUGAAACAAUGACGGGAAAGGACCCGACCGCGACCGAUGAUAUCAUCUCCUGCAUCUACAUGUUGACGGAGUUCGUGCUCGGGUCUAUCCCGUGGGCUACAGAAACCGAGAAGCAGGCCAUAAUCAGUCAUAAAAAACAAGUAGAACGAUGGGAUCGCGUUGAAGAUGAAAAGCAUAAUGUUCUCCUCAUUAACUACCACAAACUAUAUGAAUGGCUUCGAAAACAGCCUCCGCUGGAAACAAUAGAUUAUGAAGCAUUCUACGAAGAACUUCUUAAGACGCCGGAGACUGGGAAUCAAGCCGGUGGAGACCAGUCAUUGUUUGGAUUUUCUAAUCCUCUCAACGACGUCUACGAACAUGGAUUCGCUGAGAAAAAAGGAGGAAGGAAAAGAGGAAGCAGCGGAGCAGGAUCGAAGGAUGAGGAGUCGGGAAAAGAGUCCAAAAGAAAGGAGAGCGAGUCAAAAGAAACCGGAGAGUCUAAAGGCAAAACGGCAACGGAACCAAAAUCAAAAGAGAAAGACGGUACCUUGGAUACUAAGAGAAAAGAAGCUCAAGCAAAAGAAGGAGAAAAGGUCUCAGAUAAGAGAUCUACUGUCUCCAGUGCAUCUCCUGGUAAGGAUACCCCGAAAAAUAAAGAGAAGGAGAGGAAGAGCUCGUCCGCUUCGAAUUAA